UUUUACAGUGUUUGGAAAUGUAUGUACAAAUUUGACAAUUGCUACAUGUUGGAGGAGAAAAAUCAGUUUAUUUUGGUCGUAUGUCCAUGCCAAAGAACAAAGCUGCCUUUUUUGCAUAAGAAGCUGUACCCACUUUCAAGUAAAGGCAUCAAGACUGAACAUUUUAUGCUCUAUACCUCUAAAUCCUCCAAAAAGAACUUACACUCAACAAUUAACUCUUAUGGGGACAUGCACUCGCUCCCAAGAUUCAGCUGCCUGCCUCUCUUAAAUCUCAAAAGCCCAAUACCCUCACAUCAUAUAAAACAAAUCCAUGCUCAGUUAAUCAUCAAUGGCCUCAAAGAACCCUCCUUUUUGGCCAAACUAAUUGAAAACUACUGCUUUUCACCCUCUCCACAAAAUACCAAAUAUGCCCAGUUGGUAAACAAACAGUUUGACACCCAAAGUUUGUUCCUUUUCAACACUUUGCUAAGAUGCAGCCAACCCAAAGUCUCAAUCAUUACUUUUGCCAACUGGGUUUCCAAAGGGCAUUUAGUUUUUGAUGAUUUUACUUUUAUUUUUGUGCUUGGAGCUUGUGCUAGAUCACAUUCAUUAUCAACACUAUGGUUAGGGAGACAAAUUCAUGUAAAAGCUUUGAAAUUUGGUGUUAUGUCAAACCUUUUGGUAGAGACUACAUUGAUUCAUUUCUAUGCAAAAAAUAAGGAUAUUUUGUCAGCAAGAAGAGUGUUUGAUGAAAUGACUGAGAGAAGUAGUGUUACAUGGAAUGCCAUAAUCAAAGGCUAUUGUUCACAAAAGGAGAGAGCUAAGGAAUGUUGUAGGGAAGCUUUGGUGCUGUUUAGAGACAUGUUAAAUGAUGUUUCUGGGGUGAAACCUACUGAUACUACCAUGGUAUGUGUUCUUUCAGCUUGUUCUCAAUUGGGAGAGCUUUAUAGUGGUGCUUGUAUUCAUGGUUUUAUAGAGAAGACAUUUUUUCGGCCUGAAAAUGAUGUUUUUAUUGGAACUGGUUUUGUUGACAUGUAUGCUAAAUGUGGGUGCAUUAAUAGUGCUUUAUGCGUUUUUAGGCUAAUGAGAGUGAAAAAUGUUUUGACUUGGACUGCCAUGGGAACUGGGUUAGCUGUUCAUGGGAGAGGGGAGGAAGCUUUGGAGCUUUUGGAUGCAAUGGAGGGUUCUGGUGUUAAACCAAAUCCUGUGACUUUCACUAGCUUGUUUUCAGCUUGUUGUCAUGCAGGGCUUGUUGAACAGGGACUUCAUUUAUUUCACAGUAUGGGAAGCAGGUUUUGUCUCAAGCCUCAGAUACAACAUUAUGGCUGCAUUGUUGAUCUUUUAGGCAGGGCAGGACAUCUAAAUGAAGCGUAUGAUUUUAUCAUAGAGAUGCCAGUGAAACCUGAUGCCAUAUUGUGGAGGAGUUUAUUAAGUGCGUGCAAUGUUCAUGGAGAUGUUGUAAUGGCUGAGAAAGUGGGGAAGAUUCUGCUCCGACUUAAGCCUCCAAAUUCUUAUGUAGAUAUGGCUACGACCAGUGAGGACUAUGUAGCGUUAUCAAAUGUUUAUGCUUCGGCUGGAAGGUGGCAGCAAGUGGAGAUGGUAAGAAAGAAAAUGAAGUUAAAGAGGGUAGAAACCGAACCUGGUGGUAGUUCCAUACAAACCAUCAGCAAUCACCUUGACAGGUUGUAGGUGUGGAAGUAGGACUCAAUUAUUGGAUAUGGAAAGAGAAGUUGCAACAUGGUUUUUCUCUGAGUGCAAUGAGCAAAUUGAGAGAGGAAAACGAGGCAAUGAAAGAAAUAAAGAAGAAGUUAUACUGGAGAGACUAACUGGAGAAAGAAUUCAAUGUUCAUACAUUUUCAAAAAGGAUUCUCAAGCUGAUUUUUCAUGCACAUAAAGAGCCACUGAAAGACUGGGCCAAAAAAAAAAAAGAAUGAGCCACCAAAAGGGAACAGCAUGUAUUAUGUUAAAAGAUGAUAGAAUUUAGAACAGGCAAGGAAGAUGGAAAUGUUUUCUCCUGCAGCAGCAGUAUGGUGUGUGAAUUAGGCUGAAUAGUUUGCCUAAGUUUUCGCAGAAUGUUAGUCAAAAGGUAAUACUAAAAAAUUAGCAUGAUCUUUUUCUUU